AGUCAGUCAGGGAAGGAAAAGACUAUAGCGCCCAUCUGGAGAGGAGCAUGUGGACGCCAACCUUGAGGAAUGUGGAGAAGUGUGGAGCAUGCGCAGAAGGACACGUUGACGUCACCUUUUCCUCAGGCCUUCUCUUGAUGCCUCAUCAGUAGUAGACAUGACUGAACAAUAGGCCCUGAGUGUCGUCAUUCCUGGAGCCCCACUUCUCUCUGUGGCUUCGGCCCACUACUAGUCAUGGCCCGCAAGGUCCAAUGGCAAUAUAUAUACAUUGUGAGGAAUGAGAAUGGUGAGGAGAUAGCUGAGGUCUCCACCUUAGAGGCUGCCUUGGCGAUGGUGGGUGACAACCCUAGUGGAGGUGAUGCGGGCUGCCUAAUGGAACUAAAUAACGGGGUCAGCCAUGUCCGUGAGAGCCAAAACGGCUCUGAGGAGAGCAGUAGGGACGCGAACUCCUCUUCCUCGGGGCCUCACCAGGAGGAGCCAAGACCCUCAGCCGAGCCUGUGAUUCGGAUUCCGAGGCGCCAUUCCUCACCAAGGCGGCGGCGAACCACAUUGCAGUUCACACUGGGGCAGGUCGAGAAAAUGGAAAAAUUGUUCAAAGAAACCCAGUACCCAGAUGCGCUUGCCAGGAAAGAACUUGCACAAGUUUUGAAUAUUCCUGAAGUCAAAGUGAAGGUCAGUAAAUCCAAGCAAAGACAUUGAACAGUCAAUCUACA